GAGGAUUUCCUGGUUUCUGGGGUGGGGUGUGAACCACCAAGAGAUAGGGAAACGACCGCCCCGCCCCUGCACCUGUUCCCACCGUCCCAGCCUGGAGGGACCCUCCAGCCCCCUGCUCUCAGGUUUAGCUACCAUGAAACUGCACCGAAAACCUGUGCUCAGCUACUUUCGGGGAACGGGGGGCCGGGCCCCAGAUCAGGAAGGAAUUUUGCUGAAGAAGGGGACCCGCAAUCCCAGCUACCAACGCCGCUGGUUUAUCCUCCGUGGAAAUCUCCUCUAUUAUCUGGAGCACCAAGGGGAUCGGAGCCCCCUGGGCCUCAUCUUGUUGGACAACUGCCGGGUGGAGCCCCGAGCCAGUACCAGUGGGCUCUAUGCUUUUACCAUCCUGGCCUCCGCAGAAGGUGGUAGGUGCUACAAACUGGCAGCGGAGACCAAGAAGGAUUUCGAUAAUUGGCUUCAAGCCUUGGUUUGGGCAGGAUGGAGCCAGCUGUGGGAGCUCCUGCAGCCCUUACAGGAGCAGUACCAAAGAGUGUGCCAAGAGGCUGGAGUGGAGCCCCGGUCCCCACCGCAGGAAGAGAUAGUUCUGAGCCUCCCCUGCUCUCCAGCCCCCUCUGGCUUCCCGGAGUUGCACCAACGCUUUGGGGAAGAGAUUCAGGCACUUGCCAGGUCCAGGGCUGCCAGGAGGCAAGUGGACCUCACAGAAUUUGGGUGAAGGAGGAACCAGAAUCCUGGAGAGGAUGAUAUGGCAGGUCUAGAGUUCUCUUAAGGGACAUCUGGGACUGACAGUUGUUUUGGGACAAAAUAAAAGGGGGUUCACACAGCCUGGAAACACACUUCAAUAAAAGUCCCAAAGCUAA